AUGACGGCAGAAGACAAGACUGCAACAGCACUAGACAAUGAUAUGGAUACCAGUAGCAGUAUUAAGAGCAAUAAUAGAGGAGGCAGCUUGCUUAACGUCUUUAGCAAUAAAAAGAGUGCGUUUGCAACAAUGAUAUGUGAUCUCAAGAUGCUUGAACCGACAAUGGUAUCACUUUAUUCUUUAAACUCUGUUUUCGCCAAGAAGUUAUCAUCCAAACAAGAUGUGAUUGUUCUACUCCCUGAAUCGAUACAAGUCGAAUCUGAAGAUGUUGAAAAAUUAGAAAAACUUGGUGCUCAAGUGAUAAGGACAUCUUUUCCUCAAGCUUCAUCUUCUGACGGUGAUGUCUGUAAUACCGUGAUUAACUUGUUUGCCUUGUUUGACUAUUCAAAAAUUGUGUAUUUCACCCCUGAUAUCAUCUUUAAUAACAAUGUCGAUCAAUUACUCAAUUAUCCAGUCGGUUCCGCUCUAGCAAACUCACUCUACAUUUUGGAACCCAAUCCUAACUCAUUUGAAUCCUUAGUGAGAGCUCUCAGAAAAUCAAGCAAUGCUACUUUUCCUGAAGUAUUAGAACAAACACUUGAUAAGUAUUCUUACGUUUCAGAAAAGGAUGUCGUGAAUUAUCUUCAACUUUUCUCAGGACCAAUGAAGCCUUGGAAUUUCCAUGCUUAUAGUGAUGUUGAUUGGCAAAAGCAAUGGGAUCCUGUUGGAUUUUACAAUUGGCGUCGUUUGAACAAUGACAUGCGACGUUUAUUCAAUCCUGAAACCGACUGGGCUAAUGCGCCUAGACAACAAUUGGUCUGUGAUUCUUACUUGACAUCUGUCUCUGAUCCGCAAUACUUCCCAGUUCAAGACCAAUUCUCUGUUUUAAUCAGCACUUAUAACCCUGAACGUAUCGAACACCUUAACCUCAUCAUUCAACACUUACUGAAAUCACCCUAUGUUCACACUGUCUUUGUGACGUGGCACAAUCCUCAACUGGCUGUACCUGACACUUUGUAUGCUGAUCUAUCCAAAACUGAUUACAGCCGUGUCAAAGUACUUGUACAAGACUAUGAUUCUUUGAACAAUCGUUUCAAUCCCGUGGAUCAAUUAGUGACGGAUUCUGUUUAUAUUAUGGAUGAUGAUGUUUUCGUACCGCUUGAUGAUCUAGAAUUCACAUUUAAUGUUAGUAGUCUCAGUUUUUAUGUUGUUUGGAAGUUUGGAAAGAAACUAACCAACUUGAGUUUUCUGUAUCUGAAUUUGCAGGUAUGGCGGGGGCGUAAAGAUAGUGUUGUUGGCCACUUCCCUCGUUACCAUGCAUACAACCCUGUAACUCUUGAGUCUGUCUACAAACUGAUCGGUUCUGCACCUUACAGCAUCGUCCUUACAAAGAGUAUGUUCAUUCGCUCAGAAUACUUAUUUGCUUAUACCUGUCUCCUGGAACCCAAGCUGCAUGAGAUGGUUGAUCGUCAAUUAAAUUGUGAAGACCUUGGUUUUUCAAUGAUGGCUUGUGGUAUUAGCCGUGUUCCUGCUACUUUUGUUCGUCCUGAACAACCCAUGGAGGACUUCGGCUUAAAAAAGGGUAUUAGUGUCAAUGGCUCCCACAUGCCCAACCGUGCUCAAUGUAUUGCUGACUUUAUCACGCUUUUCUGGGACAGAAACGAUCCUUUAGUUUACAACUAUGAUAUAGCUCAGCCUUUCAGAAAGGCAGUCAUUAACACUGGUGAAUGGGAGAGAGUCAAGCCUAUAAUUAAGUCUGAAAGAUUGAAUAAGAACAAGAAAAAGUCUCAACAAAAGAAAAAGAAAGGCAGAAAGACUACUACAACCAAGCAGAACUAA